AAAGCGCUGCCAUCCGUGACGGAACAAAACCACCACGCACCUUCAACUUCAAGGCUUCUCUCAUCUAGUCAUCUUCCCCUCUAACGGACGUGAAAUCACUCACAAUUAGGGUUUCCCCGUUCUCUUCCUAGUUCAGAAAUAAGAUCUUCUCGUUUGUUGAUUAGAUUUUCCUGAAUCUUAUCAUUUCGGGAAAUUUCUAGCGGAGGUUACUGGAAACCGGAAGUUAGGAUUAGUGUAGAAACCAUUGACUCAAUAGUUACAACUCUAGACCUUCUUGGUUACUGACUACAAUUUACUGCAAUUUGCAAAGCCUUUGUUAUUGGAUUCGAUGGAAAUCAUCGGGGAUGCGUUGCGGCAAGCUUUCAUGCCCAAGCAUGAGUAUGAGAGUCUGCGAGAAGAAGAUAAAGCAUGGAUCAAGCUACAGCGACCAGUUAUUUUGGGUUUUGUGGCUGUCAUUUGCCUUGUAAUACUUGUAAGUACGUUUGUGAGCUUGAAUAUUGUUUUCCCCGGUGAUAGUGGGAAGAGGCUUUUCUGUGGGGACCGGAGGUUGCAGCCUCUGCACAUAAACGUGAAAGGAGGCGAUUCAGAUCUCUUCCCGGGAGCUUUUUAUCUCACAGAUCAGGAAACUGUGGAUUAUUACUGGAUGGUAGUGUUUAUUCCUUCCAUGAUUAUUUUCAUGGCAUCGGCUGUGUACCUCAUUGCUGGGAUUACUGUCGCUUAUUCUGCUCCAGCAAGGCAUGGAUGCUUGAUGGUGGUUGAAAAUAACUAUUGUGCUUCAAAACGGGGUGGGGUUCGUUGUCUCUCUAUUUUGAAUGCUGUUUUUGCCAUCAUCUUUGGUCUGCUAGCUCUGUUUCUUGGUUCAAGCCUCCUUACCCUUGGGAGUAGCUGUUCCUUGCCCUUGUUUUGGUGUUAUGAGAUUGCAUCGUGGGGAUUAGCCAUUCUCUAUGGUGGAACUGCUUUCUUUCUGAGAAGGAGAGCAGCUGUAAUUCUUGACGAAGGAGAUUUUAAUGGUCGAAACCUUGGUGUGGAAAUGUUGGAAGCAAAUCCCUUGGAGGUCACACCAGAGCUAGAGAGGCGUGUCAGUGAAGGAUUUAAGUCGUGGAUGGGGCCAUCCCUUCUCUCCUCUGAUGAAGAAGAUGAACCUGAUAGCUACCAGGAAGUGCCUCCUCCAUUAUCUCUCACAGCUUCGAACAGGCAAAGAGCAUGACCUUAAACCAGAUAUUCAGAACUGACCCAGCUUUUGGGGGCUGGGGUACCAAAAAUGCAUCAGCAGCUAAUAUCCCUCCCAUCCAAAGGUUAUGCCUUUUAAAUUCACGUCUCUCUCAUUUAUUCUCCCUCGUGCACUUUUCCUCCCACCAUAAACUCUUCCUUUCCUCUCUCUGUUUUUCCCUUUUCUUCGAAAAAAAUCUUUCUAUCUACAAGUAUUGUUGUAAAUGAAAGCGAGAUUAGUUUAUAUAGAUAUAUAUAUUAAUCAUUCACCAACAAUCUAACAUCUGUUGGCCCUUCAAAAGCAUUUCACCAUAGGUGGUUCAUCAAUUUUUCAGAUGGAGCGGACGGCGGGUUCCGGGGAUGCAGAACACAAGAGUUUUGAGUCUUGGAUUGGGAGAGAAGAAGAAUUUUUACUAUUUGAGGACUGUUGGAUUGUAUGUAAAUUGCAGUAGUUUUAGCAAUCGGUCCAAGAUGAGUUUGUCUACCGGUUUGGUCCUCUGUCAAUUACCCCUUUGAAGCAGCAUGACCAGUAACUGGUGGUUUGAGAAUUGUUAUUAUGGUCUCUAUGAUUAAUAUGCUGAAAUUGGUAAAUUCACGAGGAUAAUUAUAAGCCUGUAUAUUGCAAAAUUUGUGCAUUUUGAUUCUUAAUGUAAAGAACUGUUCUGUU